AAUAAAGUUGCUUUCUCUUGUUAUUGAUAAACUAAGCUUUUCUACUUUUGAUAAAUUUGACGUGUCGCUAUUUUUUUUUUCUCUCUUUUUUCUUUAUGAAUCAUGAACUGAAAACUGUCUUGCAAGAACUUGGUCUGAUUGAAAAGAUAGAAGAGUUAGGACUUGAUUCUUCUCGUGAUAUUCUGUCGAAAUCAGUAGUCGAUCUACAAAAACUAUUACAGAUUAACGAAUCCUCAGCUUACACAAUACUGCGCAUAGCUUCACAGCAAGUCUUUGAUUGGCAACAAAAAGUCAAACCGCCCACAUUCCAUGAUUACUUGACCACAGGAGAUAGUACCAUGGAUCAGAUUUUAGGUGGUGGUAUAUGUCCUGGCAUGUUGACAGAAAUUGUAGGUGAAAGUUCAUCAGGCAAGACACAACUUGGAUUACAACUGUGUUUGACUGUUCAAAAAGCAUUAGAGGAAGGUGGCCUUGAAGGUGCUGCUGUCUAUAUUCAUACAGAGGGCCUGUUUCCUUCCAGUCGAUUAGAUCAAUUAGUCACUGCUUAUCCAACAGAUCAACAACAGAGACUCAAGGCACAUAUUCAUACGAUGCGUAUCAAAGACAGUCAGGAACAAUACCGUGCCUUGAUCUAUCAAUUACCUGCUUUUGUUCAAAGACAACAACAGCUUCCUAUACGUUUAGUAGUGAUUGAUUCAAUCAGUUCCAUUUAUCGAAGUGAACCUCCUCGAGGCAGUCAGAGUCGAUAUGAACGUAUGCGUGAGAUUUGUGAGAUUGGUACACGCUUAAAGAAGUUAGCCAGUGAACAUCACUUGGCUGUCGUGGCCAUCAAUCAAGUAGCAGACAAUCCAACCGACAAUCAAGCACAACUCAUGGAGCCCUGGAUGGAUUUCAAGUUGAUCAACAGCAGUGAUCAUCAUAUGAUUGGACUCUACAUUCAAUCCCUGCUUAAGAAACCAGUCUUGGGAUUAUCUUGGUCUAAUUCAGUCAAUACCCGUAUUCGACUCGCAAGAUCACCCAUGAUAGAUGGACUAGCAACACGCCGUGUCUUGUUUGUCGAGUUUUCUCCUAUGGCUUCACGUAUAGGAUGUGAAUUCAUGAUUGAUGCGCAUGGUAUUCAUGCAUCGGAUGCUGAAUAAACAGACAACAGUCUUAUGUGACUGUCCUUGC